UGUUUUUUUUUUACUUCUUCCUUUUUGUUUCAACGGGCGAGGAUUUUUCGAAACAAAAGCUUUUUUCUCAACGUUUCUUUGGGAUGUUUGGCUUCUUCUUCUUUUUGGCACCAGUUCCUUCGUAAUAAGGAUGAGCUCGAGUUUGAUUCCCGCCAGUUCUUCACAAGCGCAGAUGAGUGUAUAGAAGGAGAUGGCUGAGGAGAAAUUAGAAGAGUGCUGUCUUGAGAAUAAACAAUCCACAGCUGCAUCGAGCUCCUCUGUAUCCGAAGGCAGCGGUAGUGCUAUUCUUAAGUCUCCCGGAAUAUGUAGCCCAGCAUCAACGUCACCGACUCAUCGGAGGACCAGUGGCCCUAUUAGACGAGCAAAGGGUGGUUGGACUCCACAAGAGGAUGAGACAUUAAGGACUGCUGUUGCAGCUUUUAAGGGGAAGAGCUGGAAGAAAAUAGCUGAAUUUUUUCCUGAUAGAUCAGAAGUGCAAUGUCUACACAGAUGGCAGAAGGUUCUUAAUCCGGAUCUUGUUAAAGGACCUUGGACCCAAGAGGAGGAUGACAAGAUUGUUGAGCUUGUAUCAAAAUAUGGUCCAACAAAAUGGUCAUUGAUAGCUAAAUCCUUGCCUGGACGCAUAGGGAAGCAAUGUCGAGAGAGGUGGCAUAAUCAUUUGAAUCCAGAAAUUAAAAAGGAUGCAUGGACGCUGGAGGAGGAAUUAGCCCUCAUGAAUGCCCAUCGGACACAUGGGAACAAGUGGGCUGAGAUAGCCAAGGUUUUGCCAGGAAGGACUGAUAAUGCCAUAAAAAACCAUUGGAAUAGUUCCUUAAAGAAAAAAUUGGAUUUCUAUUUGGCUACUGGAAAACUUCCGCCAGUUGCUAAGAGCAGUCCCCAAAAUGGUCCAAAAGAUACAGGUCGGUUCACUGCAACUAAAAAAUUAGUGGUUUCUUCGAAUAAAGAAUUGGAUUCGGUUUCUCAAACAUCCUUGGGAAAUGCAGACACUUAUCAGCUAGAAGAGGAUGGCCAGGAUCAGUUAGAGUCUUCUGCCCCACCUCAUGAUAUGGGUGCUUCAUCAAGUGUUCAUCAAAAUGAGUCUGCUGAUUCUGAAGGUGUAGAAUGCAAGCCAGGUACAUCCAGUAUGGAUCCUAGCUGCAGCAAUUCAGAAUCAGUACCAAAGUGUAAGAAUUAUGGAAUCAAUAGCAAACAUAAGAUCGAGAAUAGUACAAUUGACACUGGGCCAAAAUCUGAUAUUUUUGGCAUCAACAGCAAGCCAAUGUUUGAGAAUUUUGGAUUUACCGGCAAAAUAAAUGAAGACAGAAUUAUUGGAUCACCUUUUCCCUUUGAAACACCAAUCGAAGGUUCUCUGUACUACGAGCCACCAAGGCUCGAAGAUUCAGAUAUAUCUGACACGCAUUUCUUGCAGCAAGAAUACAACUCCAGUCCAUUCUUAUCACCUGUUGGUUUCUUCACUCCUCCUUGUGUGAAGAGCAAUGGUUCAAGGAUGCCUAGUCCUGAGUCUUUUUUGAAAAAAGCUGCCAUGAGCUUUCCUAAUACUCCUUCCAUUUUACGAAAGAGAAAGAUUAAAGCUAAAGUGCCUUUCUCUCCCAGUAAAAUUGAGAAAGCAGAUGGGGAAUCAAUCAGGGAUGUGUGUCAUAGCUUUAAUGAACAUGAAAUAGAAGUCAUGGACAUGUGUCAUACAUCUGAUGAACAGGAAAUAGAAAAGAAUAGUUGUGAAAUGCCUUGUUCUCAAGAUGGAAAUUUGUGUGCUAGUCCUUCUUGUAAUGGUAACAGUACCGUUGGGCCUAACGGUAAGGGUUUCAAUGCAUCUCCACCAUACAGGUUGAGAUCAAAAAGAACUGCUGUUAUCAAGUCUGUAGAGAAACAACUUGCGCUCAAAUUUGACAAAGAGUGUGAUGGAAAGGGAAGUUCUGUCGCUGAAGAUUGUUCGCAUGCAACAAAGAUGGAAGUCACCUAGAGCUUAAACUGGUUGAGAAGGCUGAAGCUAACCUGGAGCACUAGAUGCUUCCGUUCUGAAUUGGUGAAAGAUGUUCCAAUUCCACAAAGCUGUUCAAAAGAGACAAGUCGUAAAAUGAUUGAUCAUAUGCAUUUGGACCGUAGCCAUUUCCCCGGUGCCACAAAUCCAUCAUGACAAAGCACAGAUUGACCACCAGUAUUUUACUUCCUUCGGGGGUGCGUUUUCCAUCAUACAACAUGGCAAAUUUCAGUGGCAGUAAGCUUCUCUUUUGUGUAGAAUAAAAGAGGACAACCGCUCCCAUUUACUUGUGAAGAUAUAUCAUCAUAUUUUUCGUACAGAUUUGUACAGAAACCUCAUCUUGAAAAAAAAAAAAAAAAAAAAAAAAGUAGCAGAGACGCACUGAAGAAUUCGAAAUGAAAGUGCAGCAGCUCCUAACAUAUUUCCUCUCUCGACUGCAAUAAUCCUAUUCUGAUAAAAUAUUUUAAUGGUAGAACUGGUGCUGUAACUUAUUAUCUGUAUUUUAAUAAUUCCAAGUGUUAAUUUC